CUUUUUCCUCUUUCGACAACUCUCCAUACGCGGCAUUCCAACAUGGCAGCCCGCAAAUCAGGAGGAUCUGACAUCACAUACUACCGUGCGCCAGACACCAUUGCACGAUUUGAGCAUAUUAGCCAUGCACUAGCACGCGAUUUGCAGACUACACAAGAGGAAACCGUCUCUACACCAUCCGGUGAAGAAUUGGCUUUGUUCAUCUAUGCUCUGCAACAGUUCCAAGAGGAUGUCAUGGGCGCCCACAGCAGUCAUGACUUACCUUCGCCUUCCGCACGUAUACCGGCUUGGGUCUUUAAAAGCAAGGAUAUCACCAACACAUCCCCUAUCUAUAAAGUGCUUCUUGCUGCCUAUGAAUACCGCCAUAAACAGCACUGGAAAGAGUGGGACCUUAAUGAUCCCUCGAAGCAGAAUCAGUAUCUCACCAUGGUCUCUCACAUUCGAGAGUCCCUUAUCCUAAAUGGCACACUCAAGAACCCAACCAUCGCCUUUGCAGAAUCUGUCAGUGCUGAGGAGCAGGAAAAGUGGAUCAUGUCUAUCAACAGGCUAGGUGGAGCGGUUACCUCAGACACCCAUCACGCCUCACAUAUUGUUCACUACGUUGCAGAUGAGUCUGAGAGUUCUGAGAGCGAAGGUUGGCUUCGUACAGUAGAAAAGAAGGAUGGAAAGGUCCUUGUACACCAUUGGUAUUACCCAGAUUCUUAUGAUGAAUGGGUCUCAGAGACUUCUGGUGACUAUGCAGAUGCACACCCUUUACCAGAGCACAGCGGAGCAUGGAAUGUCACGACACGCUGGAUCAGGGAUAGUAUAAAGUUCAAUGAAUGGACAAAUGAGGAAGACUAUGAACUCAAUGCUCAGCGUGGUGGACCAGGAGCUGGUUCGUCUGUUCAGUCUAGCCAACGUUAUAACAGUAAGCGCGACAACUCGGACCGAAUUGAAUCCCUUCCUAAAAGGAUCAAACGUAGCUCUUCUGCAGUGCCUACUGAAUUGGAUAAUGCGCAUUCUGCAGGGGAACAGCGUACAGGACUUUCUUCUGAGGAUGCAACUAUGGAGGAAACCUCAGCUUCUGGUUUAGGUGCUACACAAGAUUUGGAAAACACUCUUCCUGCGGAUGCAGAUUCAAUGGAUGUCGAUGUCAAAGAUACUGAGGCAGAAAGCAAAGCAGAAGAGUUAUCCACGAGGGGAACCGAUACUAAGGAGGCAAGCUUGGCAGACAAAGAUUCAAAUAGAGGAAGCGCUCCACCGGAAGCUGAGGAGGCGUUAACCCAAGCGGAAGCAGAGAGGUUUAAGCUGGAAGAGGAGGCUGGCCGCUAUCUAUCUCGCCAGACACAGGAAGUUAUCAUUCCUUCUUAUGCUGCCUGGUUCUCCCUUUCCAAGAUUCACGAGAUCGAACAUAAAUCCUUACCAGAGUUCUUCAAUCUCAAGAACCGAAGCAAGACCCCUACAGUUUACAAGGACUACCGCGACUUUAUGAUCAACACCUACCGUCUCAACCCGUCAGAAUAUCUCACUGUCACAGCCUGUAGGCGAAACUUGGCCGGCGAUGUUUGCGCUAUUAUUAGAGUUCAUUCAUUUUUAGAGCAAUGGGGACUGAUUAACUACCAGGUUGACCCUGAUACCCGUCCUUCAUCGGUUGGACCAGCGUUUACAGGCCAUUUCCGCGUCACAGCAGAUACGCCAAGGGGAUUGCAGCCUUUCCUCCCAAGCGUAGCGGCCCCUACUGCAGCUCAGGCCAAUGGAGAACUGAAGGCUGCUAGCGGGGGAAAGCAAGAGUCAAAUUUGGAACUUCGACGCAACAUUUAUGCCAAUGGAGCAACGCCGUCAUCUAAAGAAAGCGAAGAUAUUGCUGAAAAGAAGCAGCGCUUCAAUUGCUUCACGUGCGGUACUGACUGCACCAAAAUCCGCUAUCAUAGUAUCAAGACCAAGAACUUUGAGCUCUGCUCUAAUUGUUAUAUCGAGGGUCGCUUCCCAUCCACUAUGUCAUCUGGCGACUUUAUCAGGCUUAAUGCACAGCAUUUCAAGCAUGCCACUGAUGAUACGUGGACUGAUCAGGAAACGUUAUUGUUAUUGGAGGGAUUAGAGAUGUAUGAUGAGGACUGGAAUCAAGUAGCAGAGCACGUUGGGACCCGCAGCCGAGAACAAUGUAUUUUACACUUUUUGCAAAUGCCUAUUGAAGAUCCAUAUCUUGGAGGCAUGACUGAGCGCGAGCUAGGCCCUCUUCAGUACCAUCGUAUUCCCUUUAGUCAGGCUGACAACCCUGUUAUGAGUGUUGUAGCAUUCUUGGCAAGUGUGGUCAAUCCGAACGUUGCUGCGGCUGCAGCCAAGAGUGCACUGAAAGAGCUUGAGCAAGCCAAACAAGCAGCAAGUUUAGAAAAUACUGAUUCACAAAAGGAGAUUGAAGACACAACCAAAGUGACAUCUGCAACCGGAGAUGCAGAUGAAGCACCAAAAGUGGAGCCUGUAGGAUCAGACUUGACCAAGAUGGAUGUUGAUAAGGCAGGCGACAGUAUUGAGAUGAAAGAGGACGAGGAAGGAUCCAAGGAUUCUGACAUUGCAGGUGUUCCACGUUCAACUUUGGAACGAGCAGGGGCUGCUGCUCUCGGAUCAGCAGCGGCAAAGGCCAAGAUUCUUGCAGACAAUGAAGAGCGUGAAGUCAAAAGGCUGGUGACACAAGUUGUGGAAGCACAGAUGAAGAAGAUGGAACUUAAACUGCAACAGUUUGAAGAAUUAGAGAGCUUAUUGGAGAUUGAAAGACGAGAGCUUGAAAGACAACGACAACAGUUGUACUUGGAUCGCCUUGCAAUGAAGAAGAGCAUCAUGGCGAUGCAAGAGAAGAUGCUUCUUGCACGGCAGACCAACAAUCCUCAAGUUGUUGCGAGCAUUACUGUGCCUCCAGGAGGUACAAAUGGCUCGGGCACAGCCUUCCAGAAUGAGGCUACAGUCCGGCAACAACAGGAGCAAGGCCAGGGUAUGGGACCCUUAAGCCGCGAUCCGACUGCAGAAAAUGUUGUAGUCAUGCCUUUGCCAUGAGGGUGAAUGACGCGAUAUCUUCUUUUUUUUUUUAUACGAAUAGUUUUGUUGGUUCCUUUGUCUUUUUCUACCUUUUCUUCUUUUUCUUAUUAUUCUCUUUUUCUUUAUUUGUCUACAUGAAGAAAGAUCAGUAUCAUAAUAAAAUCACGACUAU